AGUCCCUUGCAGACCAUGCCACACUCCGGCUGCUGUACGCUGAGCCUGGGCAAUUUGGAAGAAGAAUCUCCCGACGUGUUUGCAUCGCAGUCCUCACCCUGUGUCACCACAUGUACCCAAGGAGAACAGAAGCCAAUUCGCAGACUUGAAGGAAGUGCAAAUCUCACCAACAUGGCGCAGGAGCUGCGUAACGCAGCACGGCAACCGGAUGUUUAUCUGAUUCCUCCGGCGGGCGAUUUCGACGCAGAUUUCGAGGCGCUGCAGAAGCAGUGCGGCGGGCGCAUGCUUGACAACAAAGGUCAUUUUCCUUGUGGAAUCUGCGAAAAGCAGUUGCCCAACUCGGAGCUUCUUGUCAUUUUGGCGGCUAACUAUGCACUGGAACGUCAAGGAGUUCCCCUCCUCUGCACUUCUGCUGUCUUCGUUGAAGGGGUGCGCUCCAACAACCCGCUGUCUCUUGGGCAGUGGCACUUGGAGUGCCGCUAUGCUUACCCUCAUAGAGGCUUCAUUGAAAGGGGAGAAAGUUGCCGACUGAGCCCUAGGACCAUGGAAUGGAUGAGGGGGAUUCUCUGUGGCGGGGGUUUAGUGGACUGCUCCUACAAGAGGAUGGCCUCACACGAGACAAGACUCCUGCCCAAGGUCCCUGAAACAGCAGAAGCCAAGGAGGCUUGCUUGAAACUGCCGGCGACCGAUGGCUGGCUCUACUUUGAGCGACAACGAGACUACACUAAUGCAAUCUUGAUGCGCUACGACUGUGCUUACUGUCCAUGUUCACAUGGCAAGCCCAGGAUGUGUGCUAAAUGAUUCAGGGAACUUAGUUUUGUAUUAGUCUUUCUUACAUCAGUUCUUUUUGAUUUAAUUAAACUCUGGUAUGGUGUGUGCAAUAACAUUUAAUGUAUGUUUUACAUGUGAGUCAACUGUGGUUCUUGUAUGUCGAGUGUUAAUUUUCAUUCAUUAUGUGCAGUCCGUCCGUUCGAUCAGUUUUCUCCUUGCUAUUGUGUCCAAUCAUCCAGUACACUUUCAGUGGCAUUGCUGAAUCACCUUAAGCAUUUAUUUCAGAGCUCCGUUGAUAUGGAAACUUUCUCUUCCAAACCAAGCUAGUCCAGGACAUGCAACAAACUACCAAAGCUUCCUAUAAUAUUGGUCUUCCCAAAAAUU